CUUAUUCAUCAAUUCAUUGGGUUUAAUAAUGUACUUUAAGGACAGAUGCCCGGAAAAGGAAGUGGCUGAGAAAUUGAAACUAGUGGAGAAAGGGAGGACCCACUGAGAACCAUCCCAGCAACCCCACCACAGCUGGUCUUCCCUGGACACCAUGAACCACGCUAUCCAAACCUUCUUCACUCCCUCCAACACCGACCGUCCCCCCAACUAUGAGAUGCUGAAGGAGGAGCGUGAUGUGGCUGUGCUGGGGGUGCCCCAUCACCCGGCUCCCCCAGCAUCCACCGUGAUCCACAUCCGCAGUGAGACCUCUGUGCCCGACCAUGUCGUUUGGUCCCUGUUCAACAUGCUCUUCAUGAACUGCUGCCUGGGCUUCAUAGCUUUUGCCUACUCCGUGAAGCCUACGGACAGGAAGAUGGUUGGCGACCUGUCCGGGGCCCAGGCCUAUGCCUCCACCACCAAGUGCCUGAACACCUGGGCCCUGAUUUUGGCUAUCAUCAUGACCAUUCUGCUGAUCAUCUCAAUAUUGAUCUUGCAAGUCUAG